CACGAAACCCUAGGCCUCAGAUUUGACCGCACCGAUACGCAUACGGAGAGAGAAAUCCAAGCCGUCUUCCUCCACUCCGGCCGCCGCUCGCCUCUCCCCCGCCCCCCUCGCCGCCGCCGGUGGUCGCGGCCCCGCACCCGCAGCUCGUAAGGAUUGACGGGCGAGGAGGGGAUGGCUUCCGGGCAGCCGCAGUUCCGGUACACGCAGCCGCCGUCGAAGGUGAUCCACCUGAGGAACCUGCCGUGGGACUGCACCGAGGAGGAGCUGGUCGAGCUCGGUAGCCCGUUCGGCAAGGUCGUCAACACAAAAUGCAACGUCGGCGCCAACCGGAACCAGGCCUUUAUCGAAUUCGCUGACCAAAAUCAGGCAAUUGCUAUGAUAUCAUAUUUUGCAUCAUCAGCAGAGCCUGCACAGGUAAGAGGGAAAAAUGUGUACCUUCAGUACUCCAAUAGACAAGAGAUUGUCAACAGCAAGAGUUCAGGGGAAGCUGCAGGCAAUGUUUUGCUUGUGUCGAUGGAGGGUGUUCUACCAGAUGCUGUGAGCAUCGAUGUUCUAAACUUGGUAUUUUCUACUUUUGGCUUUGUUCAAAAGAUUGCUACCUUUGAGAAGGCGUCUGGUUAUCAGGCAUUGAUACAGUUCUGUGAUACUGAGACUGCAUCAUCUGCUAAAGCUGCUCUGGAUGGUCGAUGCAUUCCUAGCUAUUUGCUUCCAGAACUUGACGUGCCUUGCACUUUAAGAAUAAAUUAUUCAGCGCAUACUGUUCUAAAUGUCAAGUUCCAGAGUCACAGGAGUCGAGACUAUACUAAUCCAUACCUUCCAGUUGCUCCUUCUGCUAUAGAUGGAUCUGGACCGGAUGGGAAGAAGCAGGAAGCAGAGAGCAAUGUUCUGCUUGCAUCUGUUGAGAACAUGCAGUAUGUUGUUACAAUAGAUGUACUUCAUGAGGUCUUUUCGGCUUUUGGUUUUGUGCAAAAGAUUGCUAUCUUUGAGAAGAAUUCUGGCUUCCAGGCAUUAAUCCAGUAUCCAGACAUUCAAACUGCAGUUGCAGCAAAAGAAGCAUUAGAAGGGCACAGCAUUUAUGAAGGUGGAUAUUGCAAGCUUCAUCUCACCUUUUCUCGCCAUACCGAUCUUAAUGUUAAGGUUAACAACGAGCGUGGUAGAGAUUACACGGGAGGGAACACUGCACCAGCCAGCAAUCAACCUUCCAUUCUUGGUCCUCAACCAGUCCAAUAUACCGGGGCUUACAACAGCGUUCCUUCAUCAACCACUGGUGCAGUAGUGCCACCAGGGACUACUCUCACACCGCCUGGAGCACCAUCUCAUCCUUACACAUCCAAUGAGUCGCUUCCGCAAACUCCUGUUGUUCCGUCUGUUGGAGCUCCAGGGUAUACUAGCCAGGGAAUCCUACAGGGCCCCCCUGGUGUUCCUCCUGCACAGUUCUCAGGCUAUGGAACCCCACAGUUUCCCCCAGGCUCAGCUCAAGCUCAAAUGCAUCAUCAUUCAGUCCCAGGAAGCCAGCAAAUGCGUGUGAACCAUCAGCCACCCGGCGGAUCACAUAUGUUCAUGCAGUACCCUGGCGAUGGAAGCCGUCCAGUUCAAGACGCACCUGGGCCACAAGCAAUGCCAUUCCAUGGCCAUGGAGGGCAGCAUUUACCGCCAGGCUAUGGAGGCCAGCCGCAGUUUCAACAAGGUCCAAGACCACCUAUGCCGCAGCAGUUUACGAUGUACGGCGACCAGCAAUUUCCUCCUGGUAUGGGACCCCAGAUGAUGAUGCCGUUAGCUGGACAGGGUGGAGGUCAGCAGCACCCGUUUGCUCCUCUUCGUCCUUAUAACAGCCAUUAGCUGCUCUGUUGAUGCAGUCCUUUUAUAUCAUAUACAUGAUUGUACUUUGCUUCUCACCCUCCAUUUUGUUGUGAUGGUCCGACACCGUAGUAGUGGAUGUUGUGAUUUCUUUUUGGUGGAGAAAGUGGUAGAAACUUUUUAACAAACCAGGAUUGCUCUGAUGAUUGACGAGUGGCUGAGCAUUGUAUCA